AGUUCCACCAGCAUGAGCUCGGAUGAGGAUGCGGUGAAGCUCUACAGCGCGCUGGAACGCAACAAGAAGCGUCAGAUGAUGGGUGCGUCGCAUUCUACCGACGAUUAUCUGUACAUUGAUACCUCGAUCACCAUCUACAUCACUCUCGAGAACGUGUAUCACCCGCUCAAAAACCUAUUGUUGUGCUCUUCUACAUUGUGCAGUGUCGCUCUCGUCCUCAUCCGACGAAGGAGACGACGACGAGGACUUUGAGGGAUUUGCAAUACUGGAAACGCCUACGAAGAAAAGGCGACAAAGCGCGUCGCCGGCACAGGCCAAUAAUGGCAAGAGCCCGACACGAGCAGGGAGAAAGCUAAUGGACGACAGUGACGAAGACGACGAUUUGUACACACCCAAGGAACGCGAGGCGGAACGUUUAAGGAAAGAACGAUUGGAGCAAGAGAUCCGCCAGAAACUGGAAAAAGACAAGGUGCUGAACCAGACGCGAGCCAUUUUGAACAAGGUGUCGACUACCAAACGACAGACGACUGUGAACAACAUAGAAGUGAUCUCACUGGACUCGGAAUCCGACGAUGAGAGCGACGAGGUUGCCCCAGUCGUUCCUGUUGCCCCAGUUGUCGACAAAGGCCCCCGGAUCAUUCUACAUAUCCGCUCCAAUGGUGGUGCUGUAGAUGAGAUUCCCAUCUACAAGAAAGAGACUUUUGACCAGUUAUACACGAGUUUUUGCGAGCUGCAUGGACUACCGCGAUCAGCUGUCAAGAUGGCGCUUGAUGGUGAGACUUUGCCAGUAACGGGGAGUCCGGCUAGUGAGGAUCUGGAUACAGGCGACAUCAUUGAAGCCAAGGUGGACUUUUCCCAGCAGAACGAGGCCAACAAGAAGAAGUAUCUGCGCUUGCGCCUCGUGGUAUUUGGCAAGCGAUCGGAAGUCUUUAAGAUCGAUUCGACGGCGACUGUCGCAAAGCUUCACGGGAGCUACUGCCAACGACAUCGCAUCGCCAAUCCAGACGAUGUCGCUAUGAGCAUACAAGGCCAAGAUCUUGAGCUGAAUGAAAAGCUUAAUUUCUACGGACUGAUCGACAAUGACGAGAUCUCGGUUACAGUCAACAACCACGUGGCCUCACAGCCGCAGUCGCGGACUAUUGACAUUCAACUCCGAUACGCAAAAGGCGACCCACUUACCCACCAAGUUGUCCAGGUACGUGUGUCUAAUUGA